AUUAACGUAAUACAAGUUGAUAUUACGACUCUAUCGGUGGAUGUAAUUGUUAAUGCUGCUAAUGAAAACCUACUGCUUAUUGGAGGAGUUGCUGGUGCUAUCAGAGACAAAGGUGGGUCUUCUAUCCAGCAGGAAUGUGAUGAUUAUGUUUCUCUAAUCGGGCCUGUUCGUGAAGGGGAUUGUAUGAUGACUGAAGCAGGCAAUCUUCCAUGUAGAAGAAUAAUCCAUGCAAAUGGUGGCCCACGAUUGCGUGGUGGAAAAUCACUUGAAAAACUAACAGAAGUUAUUAACAGAGUAUUAGAUAUGGUGGAAACACAUGGUUUAAUAUCAGUUGCUAUACCUGCUAAUACUACUGGAGUAUUUGGCUAUCCACUCCAAGCAGCAACAGAUAUCAUUGUGCAGUCUAUUGCAAGCUAUUUUAAAAGAGUUAAAAGAUCAUCCAUUACAACUAUUUAUUUGAUAGACAUCUUACCU